AUGGUUGAAUGCAUCUCCGUGGAUUCCAUCCAGGCCAACUCUGCAGUCGAUAUGGGCGGGGCAGACUCAGUACUUGCCGGACGUAGUGAAAAGCUGCCAUUCACGGAUUUCGUCUUUAACAUUGCGGCGGCCAUCGAUGAGGCUGGAGCACUGCUGCUGUUCGAGGUUGACGAGCUCGUCCAGGACCUGUGGGUCCGGUUGGAGAUUAGCCUCCCGUUCCCGGCUUUUCUCGAGCAGGUUCCUGUGCAGGUUAUAGGCCUGCAUGAGCGCGCUGUACAGCGCGUUUUUAUGCUGGACGCUGAGGUGGACGCCCUCCCUCCGCUGCAGGAGGUCGGGGUAGAGGUCCUGGCUCCAGAGCAGCCUUAUGAGCUGCGGCAGCUCCCUUACACCACGCAUGCGGUCGACCAAAUUGCGUAUGAGUAUGUUUUCGUCGGCGUCGUUGCGCUCGAAGUCCUUGAGCGGCCAUGCCUUCUUGACGUUACCGUACAUGCGGGUGGCGAACGCCCUGACCCUGCUUUCUGCGGAACCCGUACGCUUUCGCAAGAGAUCCGCAAUAAGCUCCCUCAACCGCUCGUUGCAUGA